GGGGUGAGUUACGCUGUUUCACGCUAUUCUCUAACUGACAUACGCACAGCAGUGACGUCACGCCCCACAGUCGUCUGCGGUCCGUACGUCAACAGCGUCUGAGCUCGCGCAUCUGUCAGAGGACAUUUAAAUGGCUGCACCGCAGAGCAGCGGAGCCCAGUGAAAACGAACGAACGGCUCCUCCUCUCUGACCCGGAGUCACAGCUUAUUCACUCCUGUUGUUCUCAAAAGCCAAGAAAUUUAUCUGGAAUUAAAACAGAAACAAUGAGCGACGAGGAGGACGUCUUGCAGAAGGUCCGGACCAGGUUCGAGGACCUGUGCCGAGCCCUGAACAUGGACGAGGAGGCGAGUACCGAGGCGUGGAAGAGCUACGAGAACAUCAGCAAGAACUUCACCCUGGAGGGCAGUGAGCUGCACUGGUUGGCCUGCGCUCUCUAUGUGGCCUGCAGGUCCUCGGUGCCCACGGUGGGGAGAGGGACCGCCGAGGGGAACUACGUGUCCCUGACCAGGAUCCUGCGCUGCUCGGAGAUCAGCCUGAUCGAGUUCUUCAACAAGCUGAAGAAGUGGCAGGACAUGGCCGCCCUGCCGCACGACUUCCGUCAGAGCACCGACAAGCUGGAGAGGAACUUCACCGUGUCGGCCGUCAUCUUCAGGAAGUACGUCCCCAUCUUCAGGUCCAUCUUCAAGGCCCCGAGCGACGAGCCGCCGCGGGUCCACCGCAGCCGCAAGCAGAGACGCCAUCCGUGCACCGUGAGCGAAGUCUUCAACUUCUGCUGGGUGCUCUACGUCCACACCAAAGGAAACUUCCCGAUGAUCAGCGACGACCUGGUGAACUCGUACCACCUGCUGCUGUGCUCACUGGACCUGGUCCUGACCAACGCUCUGCUCUGUAAUGCCAGGAAGGACCUGCUGAACCCCAGCUUCAAAGGUCUCCCUGAGGACUUCAGCAACAAGGACUUCCGGCCGUCUUCAGGUCCGUUCUGCUUCAUGGAGCAGCUGUGUGAGCUACAUGAUGGUCUGGUUCUGGAGGCCAAAGGUGUCAAGGAGCACUUCUGGAAGCCCUUCAUCAAGAAGCUCUUCCAUAAGAGGAUCCUCAGAGGGAAAGAAGACAGUCUGACUGGUUUUAUGGAUCCCAUGAACUUUGCAGACAGUUUCCUGUCCCUCAGUCGUCUUUAUGAGGAAUUCAUUUUGGCCACGGGCAGCCUGGAUGAGAGGAUCUUCACCGGAGAGGGGGCCAGCGAGGACAUCGGUACCCCAGGGCCCUGCCUCUGUGAGGGUGUGGAGAACCAGGACACCGCCACCUACAGGCUGAACACCAACCUGACUGCCUUGACUCCUCUGAGUGGGAGGAAGUACAUCCAGGAGCUCCGCCUGGCGUCUCCGCUUUCAGCCGCCAUGAAGUGUGUGGGACGACUUCACACGCUUCUGUCAGGGACCAAACACGGGCCGAGCGUCAAGCUGACCCAGAUUCUCAGGGGCUGCUCCAGAGACCCCAGUGAUGUCAUCAGUCAGCGCCUGAAAGACAUGUUUGACGUUUUCACGCGUCAUUAUGAGGACAGCGACGUUGAAAGCAGGAGGAUGGACAAAGACGUGGCGGUGAAGUAUUUCCACCUGGCGGAGGCGCUCUACUACAGGAUCCUGGAGUCCAUCGUGGAGAGGGAGAAGAUGAUCCUGGGAGACGCUGACCUGUCUUGCAUUCUGGAGCAGGAUGUCUUCCAUCGCUCCCUCCUGGCCUGCUGCCUGGAGAUCGUCACCUUCUCCUACAGACCUCCAGGAGACUUCCCCAACAUCAUCAGCAUCUUCCAGCUGCCUGCUUAUCACUUCUAUAAGGUGAUCGAGGUUCUGGUCCGGUCGGAGCAGGGUCUGUUCCGGGAGGCCGUGAAGCACCUGAACCAGGUGGAGGAGCAGGUUCUGGAGAGUCUGGCCUGGACCAGCGACUCCCCGCUGUGGCACAGUCUGCAGUCUGCCAAAGUCCCGUCCUGCCAGGAGGUGAUGCCUCCUCAGUACCUGGAACCAAACGAUGAAAGCAACACGAGCAGCGUUCCCGCCACGCCGAUAAACAACGCAGCAGAGCUCAGCGCCAACAGGACCGCCAAAGGUGUGUCCCCCUCCCCCACCACCCUGCAGGACAGGUACAGCUCUCCCCCCACAGGUGGGUUUCGCCGCCGUCUGUUCGUGGAGCCGGUGGAGAGCGAGCCCGGCACCACCUCCACCAGCAGCACCGCAUCGUCCUCCAUCAUCGUCACAAAGACCGGCCCGCCCGGUCUCAUCGCCGCCAUCCCACCUGGGCAGACGGUGGUGGCGACUGCCACCGUCACCGCCAACAACUGGCAGACGCUGCCCUUACCUGUGCAAGGGAUGCCCAGUGAGAUCCGAGGCAUCACUUUCAUCCCGGUGCAGGUGGGCGGAGCCACGCUGCAGCCGCUCUCUGCACAGACGCUGACCGGCGCCCUCGCCAUCCAAUCAGCUGUCAGUAAACCCGCCCCCAAAGCCGCCAGCAGCCCUCUGAGGAAAGGCUCCUUGUCUCUGUUCUUCAGGAAGGUGUUCCACCUGGCCAGCAUCCGUCUCAGAGACCUCUGCUCCAAACUGGACAUCUCCCCAGACCUGAGGAGGAAGAUCUGGACCUGUUUCGAGUAUUCUCUGGUCCACUGUCCCGACAUGAUGAAGGACCGGCACCUGGACCAGCUGCUCAUGUGUUCUGUUUACAUCAUGACCAAGGUGACCAAAGACGACAGAUCCUUCCAGAACAUCAUGAAAUGUUACCGCACUCAACCUCAGGCCAGCAGCAACGUCUACAGGAGCGUGUUGAUCUCAGGGAGGCGGGGCUUACCCUCCCUCACCUGUACUCCCAACAAAUUGAGGUCAUCAGCUGACGGCAGCCAGGAUGCAGGUGGGAACAUCAGCCCAGUUCCGGUCCGCUCCAGUAGCACCCUGCCCACCCCUCGACCCGGCAGUGCCCCCUCCACACCCACCUCCAGCAAGAGCUCCUCCUCUUCCUCAGCUGAAGAGGAGCGGGAAGACCUGAUUUUCUUCUACAACAAUGUCUACAUCAAACAGAUGAGCCCGUUCGCUCUGAGAUACUCGCUGAGCUCGCCGUCUGCAGCGGAGUCCCCCCCUGUGGUUCCGUACCCGUCCCUGAGGACCGGUUCCCCUCGCCGGAUGCUUCUGUCCAGCAAACACUCCAUUUACAUCUCUCCUCACAAGUCAGGCUCCGCCCCCUCGCCGUCCACUACCCGGGACAGGAUUUACUACUACAUCUGCAGCAGCCCCCCCAACCGUCUCCAGGAGAUCAACAGCAUGAUCCGGACCGGAGAGACUCCCACCAGGAAGCGCAGCAUCCCUCUGGAUGAGGAGACGUCCCCCAAACGUGUCUGUCCUGACAACCACACGUCCCUGCUGCGCCGCCUGCAGGACAUCGCCAACGACCGUAGCUCCUCCCACUGACAGUGACAGUGGGAGGAGCUACGGAGCACACAAAGACACACAAAGACACACAGACACAAAAAAUAAGAAAUAAAUAAAUGAAGACUCUCA